UUGUCAUGGUUCUUUGUGUUGUGUUUGUCAGCUAGUUCAGCCUUGUGAAACAAACACAUACAGUCAGUCUUCGUUGUUUGUUUUGCAGUUUAUUUGAUAAAGUUACCCAACUGGACAACUGUUAUCAUGGCACAGAACAAGAGAAAGCCCCUCGCUCAGUGUGACUGCCCAUCAACAUCCAGAACUGACGCACCGAGAAAUGAGAGAAGUGCUGAGGACGACAUUCUAAGCCGGUUUAAAAUCGGCAGAAUGCUUGGUGAGGGAGGAUUCGGCAAGGUUUAUAAAGGGAAGCGCUUGGAGGAUGGUCUUGAGGUGGCAGUGAAAUAUGUCAAAAAGUCAAAGAGCAUGGAAUACGUCAGAAUUCCUGGUCAUCCUACACCCGUCCCAUUAGAGGUCGGCCUGUUAAAAUAUGUUAAUAGGGACCCCAAAGUUAAAGAGAUCAUUGAACUGCUGGACUGGCAGGACCAGCCUGACCAAUAUAUCAUGGUCUUGGAGCGUCCCCCAGACUGCGAAGAUGUGUUUGUUUUUUGGGAUAAUCGCAAACGCAUUCUCUGUGAGGAAACGGCACGGACUAUCAUGGCGCAGGCAACAACGGCUGCUCAGACGUGCUGUGACCGAAGAGUUUUCCACAGCGACAUCAAGUUACAAAACCUGCUGAUCAACAAAAAAACACUUGAGGUCAAACUGAUUGACUUCGGGUGCGGGAGAUUCCUGAAAGAGUCCGCCUAUUACGACUUCCGUGGCACAAGAAGGUACUGUCCACCUGAGUUCCACACAAGGGGCAAGUACCACGCUAAACCAGCUACUGUGUGGUCUCUGGGAGUGCUCUUAUUCGUAAUGUUGUUUGGACGCUAUCCAGAACCCGAAGACCAUCUGAUGAUUAAUGAUGACAUGUGGUCUGAGUGUCGCUUGUCAAAAGAUUGCCGCGACCUGAUUCGACGCCUCCUGCGGGAAAACCCCAAGUGAGCGGAUUGGUUUGGAGGAAAUCAUUUCCCAUAAAUGGUUUAAGGUGUGCGACUCCCCCUCAACAUCCAGAACCAACGCGGCUACUGCACCGAGAAAUGAGAAAAGUGCUGUGG